AGGGCCGGUGCCGGCAUGGGAACGGCCCCGGAUCAACGCCGGGACCCGCCGGGACCCGCGUGGGGCCAGCCCCGGGGCAGAGCCCCCGCUGCCCCCCCCGCGGUGACCGUCCCCGUCCCCGUGUGUCCGCAGGGCAGCCUGGAGGACGGCCGGAUCAUCGACACCUCGCUGAGCCGCGACCCGCUCCAGGUGGAGCUGGGCAAGCGCCAAGUGAUCCCCGGCCUGGAGCAGAGUCUGCUGGACAUGUGUGUGGGGGAGAAGCGGAGAGCCAUCAUCCCCCCGCACCUGGCGUACGGCAAGCGGGGCUCCCCGCCGACCAUCCCCGGCGACGCGGUGCUGCGGUUCGAGGUGGAGCUGGUGGGCCUGUCGCGGGCCAGCUACUGGCAGAAGGUGCUGAACGAGGUCCUGCCGCUGCUGUGCCUCGGGCUGGUCCCGGCGCUGCUGGGGCUCAUCGGGUACCACCUCUACCGCAAGGCCAGCAGCCCCAAGCUCUCCAAGAAGAAGCUGAAGGAGGAGAAGAGGAACAAAGCCAAAAAGAAAUAAAGCCUCCCCUCGGUAGCCGCAG